AUGGCAAACAUUUCACUCAUAUUUCUUGCAAUACAAAUUAGUUUAUUUGGAAUAAUUAUUCUUUCAGCUCUUAUUUAUUCAAUUCCAAUUAUAUAUUUCCAAUGUUUUCGUUAUCAUGUCAAUAUCUUUACUCUGAAUUUAUGCUUAGCUAUAACAGGUUGUUCUCUUUAUUGGAUUAUAUAUUAUACGAUUGUAGAAUUUAACAGUUGCUAUUUACAUUCAGAAAAUACUUGUAUGCUCAUAAUUUAUGCACAAAUGAUGUUUACUCUUCAAGUACCAUUUGCAUUCAUUAUACUUACCGUUCAUCGAUAUUGUUCUAUAGUAUAUCAUACGAAACACUUUUUUAAGACAAAACAAUGUAUAGCAAUUAGUGUGAUUGGUCAAUGGAUUGCUGCUGUUGCAUUAUCAUUACCAAUGUUCUUAAAUCAUUCGCUUUGCAUUUUAUCAGAAUGGAAGCGAAUAUAUGCAUUGAUAAUGAUUGUUAUAAUUCCAUCAUUGAUUUAUAUGAUAAUGAAUGGUCUAAUUGUCAACUAUGUUCGUUCUUCAUCUCGUCAAGUUCAACCUCAGAUCAAAAGUAUUCAAACUUUUAGCCAUAAUACUAUUCGUCAACAACCGAAUAUUAGUCGACGUGAUGUUCGCCUUCUGAGACAUAUGAUGCGUAUGUUUUGUAUUUUUGUUGGAGGGCGGAGCCCUAUUUAUAUUGUUCUGAUUAUUGCAUAUUAUAUCCAUAUUGAUUUAAUUGUACCACGGUUCUUGUCUCUUUUAGCUGAUUUAAGUUUAUUGGGUGAUAUUCUUGAUCUGUUUAUAUAUAAUCAUGAGUUAAGACAUUUUUUCAAAAAUAUUAUUUUAACAUAUUUUAGAACAUAA